GACGUCUCCUGGAAGGCUCCCAUGGAACAGCGCUCGAUCCCCAUGCUCAGGACUUCCCUGGUGGUUUUCCUCCUCCAUGGAAUGGUGUGGCUGGAAGGUCUUGGGAAGGAAGAGAGGCUAAUGAAGCCACAACUGGAUGUUAUUGGAGAAACCGUCACCGUCAACGCUGGAGGCUCUCUUGCCCUAACCUGCAGGGGUGCACGUGCCUUGACGUGGUUCUGGCACAAUGAAAAAUUCACCGAUGGGAAGCGGUGGCAUGUGGACAAGCAGCCGUGCCCAGAGAGGCCAUCCCAGACCUGCAGUACUCUCGUGGUGAACCCAGCCAUCGGCAAUGACACUGGCUACUUCACCUGCCAUUACAGCCACCUUCCUUCAGAUGAAAACCGGAAGGCCAGGAUAUAUGUCUUUGUCAGAGAUCAUACCAUGCCUUUUGUUGAGCCUUAUUCCAAAUUCCCUUAUGUGAUCUAUGUACAUAAUGCCACCGAUGUGAUUGUUGUGCCAUGUCGGGUCACCUUACCUGAGAUCAAGCCAGAGCUGCAGCUGUAUUCCUCCAUCAACAGUUUCAGCUAUGUGAAAAAGGAAUGGGAUCCUAAGAGAGGGUUUCUUAUCACUUCACCCUCCUUUGAGUUCUUCAGCACCAUGCUCAAGUGUGUUGCCACAGUCAAGGGAACCAGCUACAUGUCCCUUUACCUUCCACAAAAAGUAGAAAGAAAGGUAUCAAACCUAAAUUUGAAAGCCAUUCCAGAGAAGCUGCUAGCUGGGGAAUCCCUUCAUUUGGAAUGCAGUGGUGAGAUGGAUCCCAAUGGCCGAAUUCAAUUUAUGUGGAAGCUCCCAGGCAUGAAAGAAUACAUACCUGGAAAGUAUUCACGGAAAGUGCAUGAUAAAGGGUAUAGUAAAGUGUACUAUUCUAACAUGACCAUCCAAGAUGUUACAAUUGAAGACAAAGGGCUGUUUAUAUGCAAAGCGGUCAACACAUCGCAAGGAGAAUUGAAGGCCAAUGUCACAGUAACAGUAUAUAAGAGAGCAUUUCUCAAGGUUUCCUAUAAGAAGAAAAACUAUUAUGAGGUAAUCGAAGGGCAGAAGUUGCUGAAAUUGGCUUGGAAAGUGGACGCUUUUCCUUACCCCAAUGUGACCUGGCACAAAGACGACAAGCCACUCCCCAUAAACAACUGUUAUGAACCAGAUCCAGUGAAAUAUAAACUGGUCAUAAGAGACGUGGGAACAAAGCAUACCGGGAACUAUACCAUCCUGCUGAACAACACUAAACAUGGGCUCUUCAAAAAUCUCACCAUCCAAUUGGUUGUGUUAGCGAGACCCAAAAUUUAUGAAAAGGAGACAGAUUUCUACAAGCCGGAGUUGGUCACCAAAGGAGAAGAACAGGGCCUUCAGUGUACAGCAAGUGGGAUCCCUCUUCCAACCAUACACUGGGAAUGGGAGCCAUGCAACCAUGCAGACUACCAGUGCAAACAACGAGGGAGGAAAAUCAAGGUGGAGGAGACGUUUGGUGCUGAAACAUUAUAUCCAGCCAAUAAAAUCAAGACUAUCCAAUCUAGGAUUGUAAAACACGAGGAUAAAUAUAAGAUCAUCAGCACCCUGGAAACCCUGGCUAGCAAUGUCUCGGGGGUUUACUACUGUGUGGCUUCCAACAAGAUUGGCAUGGAAGAAAGAAGCAUUAAAUUCUUCGUCUCAGAUGUACCAUCAGUCCUACAGACUGAUCCACAAAUCACAGCCAUUGUGACAAGCAACGUCCAGAUGACCUGCAAGUCUUCCAAAUACAUCUACAACCAUCUGUCUUGGUAUGACCCCACCUUGCAGCAAAUCCCUGAAGCCUUGACACAAGAGAAAGUUGACAACUAUUCUAUCUCCUUGACUUUGGGCCUCAAGAAUGUAUCACAAUCCCAAGCUGGGCUAUACAAAUGCAGAGCACAAGUUCAUCCAAACAGCACUGAGGGAGUGGAGAAGGGAACCAUGCUCAACAUCAAAGUUAAGACGGUGCCCUACAUUGUGGAAAACUUUACAGACCUGGAAGUGAAUAUCAGUGGGAAGAUUGUGCUGGAAUGCAAAGCAAACGGGACACCCAAACCUAUUAUUGGCUGGUUGAAAAAUGGCUAUCCAAUUGCUCCAGCUUCAGGAAUUUCUAUGGAAAACAACACACUGGUGAUUGAGCGAGUGAAAAAGGAUGAUGAGGGCCGCUAUGAGUGCAAGGCCAUCAAUGAAAUGGGCCAAGACAGUACCCAGGCGUUUAUUAAAAUAGAAGGCUCUGAGGAAAAGUCCAAUAUUGAAGUAAUCAUUUUGGUUUGCACUGGUUUAGCUGCUACACUCUUCUGGCUCCUCCUGACCCUCUUCAUACGGAAACUAAGAAAACCAGAUGCCACAGAUAUCAAAACAGGAUACUUGUCAAUCAUAAUGGAUCCUGAGGAGAUGCCCCUUGAUGAGCAAUGUGAUCGUCUCCCAUAUGACAGCAGCAAAUGGGAAUUCCCAAGAGACAGGCUGCGGCUGGGUAAAACUCUGGGUCAUGGUGCUUUUGGGAAAGUGGUGGAGGCGUCUGCUUUUGGCAUAGAUAAAUCUUCAACGUGCAAAACAGUUGCUGUUAAAAUGCUUAAAGCAGAGUGCGCAACAACCAACGAAUGCAAGGCACUGAUGUCUGAGCUGAAAAUCCUCAUCCAUAUUGGACACCAUCUCAAUGUGGUCAACCUGCUAGGAGCUUGCACCAAGCCAGGAGGUCCUUUGAUGGUCAUAGUAGAAUACUGCAAGUAUGGAAAUCUGUCUAAUUACCUACGUGGAAAACGAGGAGACUUCAUUGCAAGCAAGCCCCAGGAAAAUUUGGAUCUGGCAGAAAAAGGGCUGGAGGAGUCCAUUAGUGAUUUAACAGAACUGAUCAAAAGACGCUUGGAAAGUGUGGCCAGCACUGGGAGCUCUGCUAGUUCAGGAUUCAUUGAAGACAAGAGUUAUACAGAUUCAGAAGAGGAAGAGGAAGAUGCUGAUGAUCUCUAUAAGCGCCCCUUGACUUUGGAGGACUUGAUUUGCUACAGCUUCCAGGUGGCAAAAGGCAUGGAGUUCCUGGCCUCAAGAAAAUGCAUUCAUAGAGAUUUGGCAGCCAGGAACAUUCUACUUUCUGAAAACAACGUGGUGAAGAUCUGUGAUUUUGGAUUGGCUAGAGAUAUUUACAAAGAUCCUGACUAUGUGAGGAAAGGAGAUGCUAGGCUUCCACUUAAAUGGAUGGCUCCAGAAGCUAUUUUUGACAAAAUCUACACAACCCAGAGUGAUGUUUGGUCUUUCGGUGUAUUGCUGUGGGAGAUAUUUUCUUUAGGAGCUUCUCCAUACCCAGGUGUGCAAAUUGAUGAGGACUUCUGCCGACGUCUCAAGGAAGGAACACGGAUGAGAUCACCAGAAUACUCAACUCCCGAAAUCUACCAGACCAUGUUGGAUUGCUGGCACAGAGUUCCAACAGAGAGGCCCACCUUCACCGAACUUGUGGAGCGUUUAGGAGAUCUGCUCCAGGCAAAUGUGCAACAGGAUGGGAAAGAUUACAUCCCACUGAACAUUACAGAUGGGGAGCCUAACCCCAAGAUCUGCAUCUCAGAAGAGAAUGUGAACAACAACCGCAUUCAUCGCUGGAGUGCCAUGGAAGCAAGCAUUAACAAGAAAAACCGGCCACUCAGCGUGAAAACAUUUGAUGAAGUGCCAGUGGAGAAAGAGAAGGGGAAGCACGAGGAAUCAGACAGUGGAAUGGUGCUGACUUUGGAUGAAAUUAAAAGCCGGAAGAGGCUGGAAAUCCGCUCCUGGCCUUACGGGAUUAUGGCUUUGGCAAGAAAAGCCAUCAUUAGCAAGAGCAAAGAGUCAGUGUUCUCAGAGACCGAGCGUGAGCCUGUGAAAUAUCGAUCAGCAGGCCAGGUGGAUGAAGACACACUGGAGGAGUCAGUUCUCCUUCCCAUGGAUGCCAGCCUGGAAUGCCACAGUCCCCCUCCUGACUACAACACUGUGAUCCAGUACUCUGCUCCUCCGGUGUAGCAGCCCCUUGGAGGACUCACCUUCCUCAGCAUCUCGAACCACACAGUAUUCUCAUCAGGUCUCAAUCACACUGCCUGCUCCAUGGGACUAGUGUUAAAAAAAGAGGAUAUGUCUCACAAGUGCCUUCGUUCACCUGCCUUUGGUGUCAUAUCCCCAGUGCCAGUAAAAAUCAGUUUAAGAGAAGCUGUCUUAGGGCUAGAUCGGCCUGUCUGACUUUAUAUCCUCCUACAAAGCAAACUUUUUUAAAAAUGCUGCAGCUGUAUCCAGGGAUUACUGUUCUCAGAGUUACACUUAUAAAGAAAUGUGCUUGGGUUUUUUGCUCCUCUUUUGUUAUCUAUUGUCACUCCUGGAACUCAAUUUGAUUGGAGAACUGAAUUUAUAUCUGCCACACAUACACCCCACACAUCCACACCCAUCCACACCACAGAGCAAGUUGCAUUUUACUAUCCUCAAAAAUGAGGCCAGCAAUGAAUGCAUGCUGCCCAUUACUCCUUGUCUGUGACAUCACCAAGAGUAUCUCCUCUUUCUCUCCUUCCCCCAGCUAAAGAAUUAAUCCUUAGCCUACAUCUGUAUUUGUAUCAGUUUUAACCAUCAUGGCUCCCCUCCCAAAGAACCCUGGGAAAUCUAUCAUAGUUGCUGAGAUUUCUCCAUCAAAAAUCCUUUUCUCACUCACUCAGAAAAUUAUAGUUUCCAUGGUUCCCUGGCGAAAAAGAAUAGCAAAUGAACCCAUUUUAAGACUCUAUGCUGUCUGAUGUCUAGCCUGACCUCUUCUUACCCCAAAAUAAAUAUAUUUUUCAAAGGACAAGACGGGCGGGCGGGCAGACUGUCUUGGCAACUAUAAUAGUUACUGUCUCUAAAAUUCAGGGAAUGGGUUUGUCCCAAUAUGUGGAAAUGAAGACAUCUUAGGUAAUUUUAGAUGGAUGCAGUGAUGCAGGAGAACAGAUGCCUUUAGUGUGGCUAUGCUGGGGUAGGAGAAUUGAAAGGCAGGCCUAAGGCUUUGUGAAACUGUGAAUUGAAAACCCUUCCACAAGGGUCUUAAGGAAGGGUCAGUCUGAUUCUCUCAUGGCUUUUGAACAGAGAAAGCAAUAUUCUUUUUUAACAAGCAGUGAGAAAGUAUCUUCCUUCCAUUGAGUAUAAUGAACCAUAUAGAAAGUAUCUGGUGCAAUAGAUUAAAUGCACUUAAUUUCCAAGUUGUUCUUUUGCAAAGUCAGGAGGGGGGAGUCUUGUUCUCUCUUUCUUUAGUGUUCUGAAAUGACUUUGAUGUGGCUAUGUUAUGAAAACUGGUGUGUGGAAUGCUUGUUGUGGGCAAGUGAAUUUUUCCCCAGAGCAGUUUACCAGCAAAGGGUGGCAGCGGAGGAGGUUAAAAACUAUAAAAUGUAUCACAGAGGUAUACCCUGAAAUGGAAAAUAUUUCUGAAAUGCUAAGGUGCCUGAAAAGGCAACAGGUGUUUUUAAGCCUGGCAGAGAAAAAUUUAAAAGGGUGUAGAAAAGCUGAGCAAGGUGGUUUGUCGGCUUUUGAACCAGCACUUCUAGCAACUUUUGUAAUGAUUUUCACUGGCAGUACAGUAAUUGGUAUCCAAGAAGUGGCAACAAACAUGUUAGCUCCAUGCUGUGAAAAGGGUUGCAGAAGAUCAGGUCUUUCUUACAGGCCAGGAGCAGGCCAGGCUGUUGUGUUUUCUAUUUAAGGAAGGAGGAAAGAGGCAGCCUUUUCCUGAGCCACUGUGUUUUGUAUCGUGUAACAGAUCUCCUUCUGCAACUCAGAGGUAUCCCUUAGCUAUGUAUGAGUGCUGUGGAGAUUCCAUCUGUCUGAGACACCCUGGAAAAGAAGUGUAUUGUGGAACUGGAACACACAUGGCUCUGAGAGACAGCGUAUCUAUUUCUAGCAUGACAGGGCUGCUACUCUUCUCCUGCAUUUUCCCAUUCAAGUUUCAGUUUGCACCUUGGAGAUAGCCUUACUGGAGUUACGCUUUCUUGAAGGCUAAUGGUGCUGACGUGAUUGUAUGCCAUAGGAUCUUCUCACUGCAUGUAAUAUUUAAACUUACUGGAAAAGCAUGACAGGAAGAUGCAGCCUGCCACUAUAAAAGGUCCAAGAAAGAUAGGUGAUAGGUCCUGUCCAAAGAAAAAGAUGCUGGUUUCACACCUUCCUUCCAAGUCUCAUAGAACCCUAAUCUAUCUGCCUAGAGCACAACCCUGAAAUCAAAUCUUACAUCAUGUGCUAAACAGGAUUAUUGAAAAUUAAUUUCAGUGCCUAUAGCUUUCAGCUCUCUCAUUAGAACUAUUAUAGUACCUCAGGUGUAUAGAAGUAGCAACUGGAGUAGGGUGAGUGAUGGAAUCUCCUUCUGAGCAAGUAGCAACACUCACCUAGAUCGCUGGAUCUAAAGACUAUUUUUCUAGUAAUAUGUUACUAAGUCUUUCAGAAAAUAAUUUUGAAUGUCUCUUCCCAAAUCUAAAGGUCCACCUGAGCACCUCUGUGGUGGUGGUUCUUGCUUGGGUUUUAUGAAUGGAUCUCCUUUUGACUCUAUUUUUAACCAGGAGAAAUACUGCCUAAAAAUGGAGCUGUAUUACUUGUAUUGUAUUUACUAAUAUUCUUUUUGUCUUUACCACUUCCUUCUUAAUUUAAUGGUUGUGCUGUUCCAGUUACGUUGAUAUAUGUAUGUAUGUAUGUAUGUAUGUAUAUCAAAUCCAGCCAAAGAAAUGUCCUUUUGGUUGAAUCCUAUAAACUUACUUAGGUGGGACAGUAAGAUCCAGUGGGGCCUACUUCUGAGUAUAUGUCUUUUGGACUGCACUGUUGAUCCCACUGGGAGAAUAAGCUCCACAUGGGACUUCCCUUUGGCUGGAUCAUGCUCAUAGUGUUUACUCAGUAAGACCAGUUUAUUAUAGACUUUCAUGUAUGUGACACUAUUUAUAAUGUUUUUAAAAGUACUUCAGAGCAGGAAGAUCCCUGACAUAAGAGGGUUCUUCAGAGCUUUACUGAAAAUGUCCUUCAUGCUUGCAGGCCAGGCUCCAAUUUACAAGAAUCCUUCCCUUCCCCUUCCCUUUCCCUUCCAAGCCAAAUGUCCUCCCAGCUCCUGAGCAUUUGAGUGCUUUCGUUUGCUUUAAUGCUGCUCAGAUAUUUUUAGACAUAAAGGAACCAUGUGCUUUUGAUCCCCUUCCCAACUCUGUUAGUGGGCAAGUCAAGAGACAGAAUGAAAUUGGAGCAGAGUGAAAGGACAAUAGGGAUAUAGUUUUUUUUCUUUUCACAUACUCAUCUGGUGGACAAAAAGAAGAGUUAAUUGCCUUUUGAAGUCCAUGUUUUUUUCAGACUGGACAUUUGUACCUCUCUAAGUUCCCCAUCAAGCACUGACUGUAAUGGUAAUUCUCCCUAUAUCCCAACAACGCUCCUCUUAUCUAACUUUGCUUUUUUCCCCAGGGAAUCUCAAAUCAUUUUCACUCUCACAACCCCCUUGGAGUUAGGAGAGGGUUCUGAGUGUUUUUGAUAUCAAUUUGUUAGAGGACAGAGGUUAAGUAGUAUAGUGCUCUCAGUUUGUAAAUUCUUCAGUGGGAGUCUCGUGCUUGGUGGCUUUCAUUUUUUUAUUAUCUUUUAAUAUAAAAAGGUCAAUGAUGCUGGUUUUGGACAAUGGAAGUAGGGCAGCACUCCAGAAAGACAGAACUCCCCUAAGGUGAGUUUGCUGUGUUGCAGAUUAGUGCUAUAUCACCUCCAGUCUAGUAAGUUCAUUUGGACAGAACCCCCAGUAAACCCCAUGUUCUUCUAAAACCACAUGGCAGAAAGAAGAGGGGAAAAAAGGCAGUAGAAAUUCCCUGACUGGAAAGGCCCUUAGACUACUCAGGGAAUUCUUUGUGCUUCAGAGGGCAUUCUGCUGUCUGCUUUUGUGGCCUGAUUUAUCUCAAAUAUUGAUCAAUACAGAUCUUUUAUUUCUUUUAAGCAAUACUUCCCACUCCCAUUUGUGAUCCUACAAUUCCAGCAAAUGAAGCUCUGCUUCAUUCAUUUUCUGCCCAUCAUCUCCAUUUAUGACAUACUCUCUGGCUGCAGAGAGCCAUUUCUUCAUAUCUCUGAUCCACUCUUAAACAUAGCUGAUUCUUUCACAAAUUAUAUUCCUUGUCCAGUUCUAAUUUUACUGUUACCCACUGUUAAGUCAAGACAAAAGCACUAAUGGCAGUAUUACUUUUCCAUUUCCAUUUUUGUGCCUGAGAGGACUGUCACACAGCAAACAUACCACCCUGAGGUCUCUUUGAUGGCUGUCCUUUGCCUCAGCCCCUCAUUGCCCUGUACCAGUUUUUUUAUAUAGCUGUCCAGAGGGAUGGCAGGUUAUGGGAAGACUAUCUGGAGAUAAUACUGAACAGAAGCUCCCAUAAUCUUGAACAGUGAUUCUAACUUGUGAUUACCUUAUUUUUCCUAUGGGCUGGAGUUAUCAGUGCUGUUAAGAAGAACCUGUAACUAAGCAUAAUCACCAGCACCUUAAGGGAAAAAUAUCCAAUAGAUAUAUUCCCCAUUCCACUCCAAACAUUAUGGGAAUCUAUGGUGAGACUGGUUCCUGUCUCUCUGAAGAAUGUAUGCACUGAAAAACCUGCUUUUUUUAUGUAGUCAAAAGUGUAUUGUAAUUAUUAACCAAAUUAUAAAUUAAAAGGAUUCUAUAUUUAUACA